GGAUUACAUAUCCAUAUAUUAUUAUAUUAGUUUAUGCGUCGCAUUAUGAAACAUCAACCAAAUGAAGUAGAAGGAACAAAGACACAACUGUUUAGUUUAAGUUCUUUCUAUGUCCUACACAUCUUUAUUUGUGAAAGUGAUUAAACAAACGCAUGAUCCAAAGACCCGACAAUUAAUUGAGAUAUGUUGAUUAUCUAGGGGUGUUAAUUGGGACAGUCCAACUCGGUUUAGUCUCGAACUUCAAUUAUUAUCUAAAAUAUCUUGCGACUCUGGUCAGAAAAGUUUUUGAACUGCUAAAAUUUUGACCAAAUCCAACGUAAAAUGAUUUAGCUGGAAUGAUAUAUUCAAAAUCAUAAACAAAAAAGCCUAUAUAUCUGACUGCCCUCUUAAAAUAAAGAACCCUAAAAUCUAUUGAAAGUUACGGUAAAAUUUGUUGAGAAUUAAACUCGAGUUUUUACUUUCAAUUAUGAGAAUUUGAGUUUAUAAGAGAUUGUGUGUUUGAGCCUCGAUCCCUCCACUCAAACUUUAUCCUAAAGUCACAAAUGUUUAUAGUUACAAAUGUAAUCAUAUCUACUUUUCUGUUUUGUUGGGGUCGAAAAAGAAAAUACAUCUUCAGAAAAAGUCUCCAACUUAGAAUUGUCAAAUCGGGCAAAAUCGUACAAAAAUAUUCAUGAAGUAACAUGCUCUAUAUUUGAGCACUACGAAUAGAAAUGAUACAUAUGUACAAACACGUAACUGUGCAAUUUCUCGAGCAUUAGUUUGUUUUUCUUCUUUUUUUGUAUAGAAAAUGUGAUACGUGAGAGUGAUAGGUGGAAGCAAAGCGAGUGAAGGAAAUAGACAAGAGAGGCAAAACAAGUAAACUCAGCUUUGUCUUGUCAUGUUCUGUAGAGUGGGAUUCCACUCUUUUUGUUCAUGUCACCUCUCUCUCAAUCUAAGUAAAUUUAAUUGCAACUUUAGCCUCUCUAUAUAUUCCACAACUUUCUGUACUUCUCACCACUCCAAAACUACUUACAAACAACACAUAGAGGUGGUGAAAGAAGAUGAAGAUCUCGCAUAAACGAGUUGGGUCAGGUCGGAUAUCGAAACUCCGGUGUUGGGAUUGGUGUAAGGAGCAGAGAACGCGUGCUUAUAUCAUCUGGAGGUGUUUGAUUUUCUUGUUACGGUGGGAUGACUAAUGAUCGAAAAAGAAUAGUGAUCAAGCUAAACGACUCGUUAACACACUUUGUACAAAGUCCAAGAAAAAUCAGUGGAGAUUUGAUUCAGAAUGCUUUUCUUAGAGUUUUUUAGAAGAAACGUAUGUGUAUAUGGGUUUUAUUGAGGUUUGUUUACAUAGUACACUUUCUAUAUAUUUUAUGUUAGUUGCUCCA